AUGAAUUUUAAAAAAACAGAGUUAUCGAAAAAUAAUGUUUCCUUAAAAACAUGUCAAAGUAAGGACAUUUCCAUGUAUGGAGAAGAUGAUUUUUUCUCUAAUUCCACUUUAUCUGAUGUUGAAGAUUCUUAUAAAUUUUGGGAAAAUGCCGAUGAUAGCAACAUUUUUGAAAUAUGCAAAGAGUUCGAAAGUUCGGGAGAUGAAACUGAAAAAAACGGUAUAGAACACAACCUAGACACUCCCAAAUUGUACUCUAGCGUUGAAAUUAACACGUCAUCAAAUGAUUUAGGCAUUAUUUUGGAGGAUGAAAAUUAUUUUAAAAAGGAUGUGGAGAAGACAUCAUUAAAUGAUAAUUAA